UGUCAGUACUUUUCCUAUGGACUCAUAGCGAAGCAGAUCAUUGGUCUUCCAUAUAAACUCUAUUGUCUCUCUUGGAUCCGCCUACCACCCUCCCCUUCGCAAUGUUCAAGCUCCUGAAAGAUCUCACUCGACCUCCCGAGCCUCUCUCACCACGUCUGCCAUCUCAUUCGGAUCACUCGGCAGCCUCGCACCACCCUCAUUCGUCGCCUGUCCCUCGACUGAGAGGUCGUGCGUCCCCUGCUCCGAGCCGUCAGGCGAGUCCGGUGACUCGGGUGAUUGACCUGCCAGAUGACAACCCGCCAACUCAAGAGCUGGAGGGCGAUGGGAAGAAAGUCAGGGAACUCCUCGAGGCUUUGGACACUGUGAAAGAUGGAGUCAUGGGAUAUGUCGAGAUCCUAUCCCAGCUCAACUCUAUACGUUGCAACCACACGGCUCUCCAAGCAUUCAGGAUACAGAAAGGGUUUCCAAGACUCUUUCGGACGCUCAAACAUCUCGCCGCAUCGUCCAGUGUUCCAGACGAGGGCGAUGACGAGCGGCAUGUGGAGCAAGUCCAGCGGAUGGAGGGCUUGAGAAUGUGGUUCGAGGUUCUGGGCUGGGCAUUGAGAGAACGAGAAAGUACCAAGGCAUUUGAAGCCCUGGGAGGCUACAUGGCAUUGUUGGAUCCUCUUCGAGAGCUGUCUGCGCCUUUGUCAUCAUCGUCAACGGCUAUAUCGUCCAUGGCCGGAUCUUCCGCCUCUUCCUCGAUGACCGUCACUGCUCCGCCGGUACCUGAUCCGAAGAUCCUGUCUCAUCUCCUGGCCUACAUAUUCAACAACAAUUACACGCUCUUAUCGAUAUUCUCAAAGGGAUAUUCAGAGACCGUGGACAUCCCGACAUUGACCCAGCAGCUCGGAGAUGUCAAUCUUUCACGUCCUCGAGCUUUAUCACUCCUCUGGUCAUACAUCUGGGGAACACCGAGUCACCUCCCAUCCAAGACAAGAAAAGGCAAAGAUAAAGCUGGUCAACCUCAAUGGUCCACUGCUAAUGGAAAGCUAGAAUCUGAAUCUGGGAGAGACAAGGCUCUAGAGAUGACAUUUGGGAUCAUGUACGCCGCUGCUCAAUCUUCGAUCGCAAAUCUGUUCGCCCUCUGUUCAAGUCUGCCGUUCCUCCCCCGAUUCCUGCUCGACAGACUGUACGGACCGGAGCAGGAACGCAAAUACGAGAUCACCUUCCCGGCUAGAGACGAUUGGUAUGUCCCAGAGACGAAUGAUGGCAAUGCCAGCCUUUUGGAGGAUGGUUUCGAGUGGACAGCUCCUCAAGGAUCGCUUCGGACGAUCUACCUCGAUCUUCUUCGUCGACUAUUAGAUGGAGGUGUCGAUCAGACUGUCGUGUGGAGACUGUUCACCCUCGUCAAGACUACCGCGGAAAUCACCACCAGCCACAAGCCGACUGUGGUCCCAAAGGGCGAAGAAUUCGACUCGUCACAGGACAAGGAUUACCUGUCUCCACCUGUCGUCAGUCAAGACUUUGCAGGUAGCGAUCGUACAAUCGACGAUUCGACCUCCUCCAUAACAUCGACCUCUGCAAUCUCUGGAUCGAACAGACACCUCGCUCCUGAAUCACCUAGGUCACCCGGUUUGGUGGACACUUCCGCACCUACCACACCGACGCCCGACCCAUCGUCUAGCAGAAAACCCAGAAUACCACGGCUGACCAUCGACCCUUCUCCACAGGUUCAGCGAGAAUCGCUAAACACUGAAAUUCUAGAUCUGAUACGACACGCUAUGAAAGCCCGUUGGCCCGACUCAUUCCUCUUCCGGGGACUUGGGACGUCUGAUGAAUGUGGCAUAGAGCUGAGAGAUAUGGGACGAUCCUGGCCUCACCCAGCAAAGGGUUUCAAUUUUUCCUGCUGGAUCUACAUCUCCAAGUUGAAUCGUCCCAUCACUUUGCUUCAUGUCUCCCAGGCGAAUCAAUCUCACCCACUUUUCCAACUUCGAAUCUUGGAAAACUCUCAAGUCUCCGUUCUCGCUUCCGUGUAUCGUCCAGAAUCCACGCAUCCGCCUCAACCUCAAGCGGCCGCCUCUCAAGCCGCCAAUGGCUCAGUGUCCUCUGCACAGACUCCAGCUGCACCUUCUCCGGCGGAGAGCAGCGAGGAGACCCCAGUACCCGACGAGAUCAUUUGCUCGGCACCCGACGCGCUGAUUGCUCACGGCCAAUGGGUUCACUUUUCCGUCGGAUGUCGAAAACCCAAAGGUCUCGAAUUGGCCGAAGCGAGAAUCUUUGUGAAUGGUGUGCGGGUCGGCGCUAUGCGACUGCAUUAUCCUGUUCCUGCCCCUCCUGGACCUGCGACGCAACAUGUCUUGCAUUCGAAGCCUGCUUCUUCAGCUGAUGCUAUACGGUUAAGCGUGGGCAAGCCUUGGAAGUUGGGAAAAGGGAAAGAAGAGGAGAAGUUGGGACUUGGAAGGGAAGAAGAGAAUGAGUUCUUAUUGGGUCGGACUCUGUUUGUCGAGGAUGUCUUGCCGGAGGAUAUAGUUUUGCUGUUCUACCAUUUGGGCCCACGCUAUCACGGCAAUUUUCACGACCCUCUCGGCAAGUUUUUGACCUACGAGGCCGCUACAUCUAUAAACGUUUACUUGUCCGCACAAGCUGCAGCCGCAGAUGACAAGUCACUCUUCACUUCAAAAUCCAAUUCAGAUCUGGUCAAAGCUAUCCGGCAAGGGUCUGUAGUCCCAGAGGAGCACAUCCUACUCUCACUCAUCUCCAAGGAUGCUACACCAAGCGAUGUCGCUGCAGGUCUAGGAGCGCAAUACUGCAUCAACGGUGCUGUUCCCCACCCCGUGCGAGCCGCCCAACUUCGACAUGGUAUCGCUUCGAUUGUCGGACCAUCAGAAUCCAUCUUGCCGUUUAGUAAUCAAUGUCUCGACGAUAGCGUCACCUGUGUGGGAGGUGGAGCAGUGGUUCUCAAGAUGAUCGACAUGGCGAAAACAAGUGAAGAGCUGGCGAUCACAUUGGGAAUCCUGAGGGAUAUGCUCAAGCACAGUUGGGCAGCGAGUGAAGAGAUGGAGCGGAUUCGUGGGUUUGAUCUCCUCGCCGCGAUUUUGCGACCUAAGAUGGUCAACCUCGUGGACAUCCCUUGUACCAAGAUCAUUCUCGCCAUGUUGGGAAUCAACAUGGAUCGACCAAACGCCGCUACAGUACACAAUUCGGCGGCGUAUCGCGCCCUCGGACUCGAAUUCGAACUAUGGUCUCGAGCGAGUCUUGGCGUGGUCACGCUUUACCUGCAACACUUUGAGUAUCUACUUGCCACGUCGAAGCACGCGCGUUACAACGUGUUGAGAACAUUCCAAAAGGCAGCUAUGGUGCGCAAGAUGCUCUACGCCCUACGAUCAAAUCUUUUCGAUCUUGCUGUCGUACCCGUCGUCGUGGAUACUCUCAAGCUAGUCUUACUGGCCCGGUGGAGCGGCGCCGACGCCAUCAAACCGACUUUCUCUUAUCUCAUCUCCGCGCUAUGUCAAUCUCCUUCAUCGGUCUACCCCUCUGCAAUCACGAGUGAACCUCCCGCAUCUCAAGCGCCAGCUGCUCAGAUUCUGUCCAUGAUCGCUGGCCUGACUCACAAUGGUCCGAGACUCGUCAAACUCAAUCGAUCCAUUGCACUUCAUCGUCUACUUGUCAUCUUCAUCUCUAGCAACUCGGCUCCCUACGUCAUCAUCCCUUGCUUGGAUAUCCUCGAGCGAUGUAUCCUCACUUCGGGUCUGGAAUCAUUCCAACGAUCCUUUGAGGCGGAAGGAGGAUUCGCGCUAUUGGCUCGGACGCUAGGACCGGUCUGGACUGGAGAUAUUCAAGCUAGGGUCUUGAGGAUGUUGACUGGCCCCAGCUCAUCUGAUGGAAAAACUCUACUUUGUCCAACGUUGAUUUCUGCGGUUCUCUCUGCUUUGGACUGUCUGUUGCAGACCGGAGAUGACCCAUUCAAGCCCAGUCGAAGGGGGUCCAUGUCUUCCAUCCGGUCAGUCAGCAUGACGCCAAUGGCCACGACUACUGACCUCAAUGGUGUGCCUCCAUCUGAGGACACUCGACUGGAAGAUCUGCUUCGAUCCCUCACCGCGUUGUAUCGGUCCAACUCGCUCUUCCGCCGGACAUUCACCAAUCGUCGAGUCGAACAGAUGUUACCUGCCCUUGUCGACUUUGCAGCUAUGAGUUCAAGCUCUCCUCAUCCAGAACGUACAAAUGCACAGCGUUCGGCAGCUGCUGAAUGGCUUCAAGCCAUCAUUGACAAGCACAAAAUCUCACAUUCGCUCAUCAGUCAGAUCAAAUUGGUCAUUGAACAGCUCAGAUCUCCCAUCAUCACUACUUCCCCACCUGCCUCGUCAUCUCAAGCGCCUUCCCCUCGACCCAGCUCUGUGCAUCUCGCUCGAUCAUUUACAGGCCGUAUGGGGACCACUCCACCCCCUACACCCUCGCCUUCGGGUCCUAUCCCCCGCAGAAGACCCUCUACCGACGCUUCAUUCUCCCCUUUCCCCGCUCAGCGAUUCAGAGCUGGAGAACGAAAGGCACCAUCGUUGAAACGGGUUUUGACAGGUGAAUCCAUACUCGAAGGUGGAAAAGAUAAGAACGCAGCGUGGAAAUUGAUCAUCAUUCAGACGGUAAGUGACGGAAUUCACAAUGUAUCCACUCAUGCGUCCCCAGGAUUCGCAAAGCCAUUCCAAGAUGAUUCUAGAGAGAAAAGAACACUGGCGCAAGUUGUCCGAAGUCGAUUGGCCACGUGUCGCUUCUGCUUUGCGAGCCGAGAAUGGCCUGUGGCCUGAACAGGAAGGACCUGUGCAUUGGAGGCUGGACGGCAGUGAAGGCCCCCUGAGGAUGCGGAAUCGCCUGGAACGGGUCCAAGCAUCGACCGAGCCCGUUCAAGGUCGAAUGCAGCGUAAGCUACGCGAUGCCAUUCCUUCCAUGGACGAGCUCUCGUCAGCGGUCUCGAGAGUCAAUCUGGCUCCGUGGGAGGAUCCUUUCG